AUUUUUCCCCGUUCUCUCUCAGACUCUCUCUCUCUCUCACUUGGCUGAGCGGGAAAACCUAACAGGACCAACACCAACAGGUUACUAAAAGAAGUUUAGAGAGAGAAACCAGCGUGAAAGACAAGCAAAAAGCAAUACCGUGGGGAAGAUAAACAAGCUGCUUCAGCCUUAGUACACAGGAUUGUGAAAUUUACGUAUACUAGCAAGAAAUGGGGUGGUCGUCUUCGUCUUGUACAAAUCUUUUCCCUGCAAGUGCAAGCUCUCAUCUUCUUGCUGUUACGGACGUGUCCAAGCUGAUGAAAAGUCCCAGGCUUCUAUUUCGGUGUCAGAAGCAGAAACAAUGUACACCAAGAGUUCUUGCCUACUAUGGUCUGCAGAAACCACCUUAUAAACUUGAUGCAUUAGAACCGUAUAUGAGCCAAAGGACACUUGAGGUGCACUGGGGAGAGCAUCACCGUGGUUAUUUGGAAGGUCUUAACAAACAACUUGCAAAGAGCGACAUACUGUAUGGGUACACUUUGGAUGAACUUGUCAAAGCAACGUAUAACAAUGGCAAUCCCUUACCAGAAUUUAACAAUGCUGCCCAGGUUUGGAAUCAUGACUUCUUUUGGGAAUCUAUGCAACCAGGAGGUGGGAAUAUGCCAAUAUUGGGUCUUCUUGGGCAGAUUGAAAAGGAUUUUGGUUCAUUUACUAAUUUCAAGGAAAAGUUCAUAGAAGCAGCUCUCACUCUAUUUGGCUCCGGCUGGGUUUGGCUGGUCGUGAAGAGAAACGAGAAGCGACUUGAAGUUGUAAAAACAACAAAUGCAUUCAGCCCCCUUGUGUGGAACGACAUCCCCCUUGUCUGUUUGGAUAUGUGGGAGCAUGCCUAUUAUUUGGAUUAUAAGAGCGACAAAGGGGAGUACGUAAAUGCCUUUAUGAACCACCUUGUGUCUUGGAAUGCAGUGUUGGGACGACUGGCCCGUGCACAGAUCUUUGUGAAUUUAGGCGAACCUAAUAUUCCUGUUGCUUGAAAUGCUUCUCUCUUUCCCGUCUUGCGCAAGUUAUAACUGAGUGGGAGUUUACGAAACAGAGAGAACACUGAACCCCCUGGUACCUAGUUUAGGAACCAUAUUAGGACUAGGUAAGCCUAUUGUAAUAUGGCUGCCAAUGAAUAGAUAAUACAUGAGUAAUAUCAUUGUAUUUCCAUUUCUUAACCGUGCAAGGUGGAAUUGUGCCAGCUGCUUUCUUUA